AUGGCGAAGCAGCCGUGCAGAUACUUCGCGGCAGGCAAGUGUCGCUUCGGUGACGCUUGUCGCUUCUCCCACGAAGCCACGGGCAAGGAGACGUCGCAAGGUGACGCUCGCCAUCGCCCACGGACCGCCGACAUCCACCCAUUGCUCAAGACCUGGCGCUUCUCCAUCCCCAAGCAGAGCGACAGGCUUCGUAGCACACCACUUGGCGACGGUGCCCUGGCAACCUUUCUGGACCAGACCCUCCAACUUAUCGAAAGCAGCUAUGAGAACCUGCAGCGCGUCAUCUCCGAUCUCGCCACCGACGCUGGACUCAUUCGGAUGCGCGAGCUUCUGGACCGCCCCUACGAUACUCUAUCGGAUGACAGACUCGCCGCCACUUGGGAAAAGCUGCUCCUUCCAUACUUCAAGGUCCUGUCGCAUGACAACGUCCUGCAGUCGUCUGUCCUCGAAGUUCGCCAUGCCACCUUACUCAACGACUUAUACGGCGUUUCUGGACGACAGGGUGCAAAUGUGUUCAAAGCCGUGGCUCGCCACUUGGUCGCUGGCGUUGCUGAAGAUGAGUUGGGAAUUUCCAUCGCAGUGCUGGCCCUGAUGCUAGAAAAGAACAGCAGUGCCAAAGUCAAUGAGGAGAUUUGCGCGGCUGCUGAGGUUCUUGUUGCUCUGCUCGAUCUUUCCAAGCUUGAUCGCGCUACGACAAGACAUCUGCGAACGAUCAAGACUGCUCUUGAGCUUGGCUUCGAAAUUCCAGAACUCGUCUCAAAGGUUGCCGCCACCAAGACGAAUGACAUCAAGCCAACAUUUACGCUUGCUCAAGACAUGCCAGGAGAGCUGUCAUCUCAAGGCCCGCGUCAUGACAACGACUUUCCCGACAUCCGCGACAUUCAGAUAUUACCCACCAUUGAAGAGGUGAUUAGUCCCAGGUCGGAAUAUUUGCCACGCGAGAACCCGAGUGACUGGCACAUCGAUGGAUUGCCAGGUCUAAUUGAUCGUCAAUUCCGCCUGGUUCGCGAGGAUACCGUUGGCCAACUGAGAGAUGCCGCCAGAGUCCAACUCGAGCGACUCCAGAAUCCGCUUGCUACCAUCAGCUCGGAAGGACAAGGUGCCCGCGUCUACUCCUACAAUAAUGUCAUGUUGGAAGAUGUCUUCUUCAAUGAUCAGAAAGGUCUGAUGUUCCUCUUCUCUUUUGACCAGCCACAGAAUCUCAAAGGCAAAUCUGUCACCUUCCGGCAGGAAUGGUGGAAGGAAUCUCGCAGGCUGGGCUCUGAGUCUCUGAUAUGCCUUCUCUCCACUGCAGGCGAAGCCACAUUCUUGGUGGUUAUUGGGUCAGACCGCGACAGCAAGAAGGUUCGAUCACGGUACUCGUUAGCAUCUGACCCGUUGCGAGCAUAUGUCAUUGCGCAGGUCCCUGGCUCGGAUCCGGGCCAAACCACCCGUUUUCUCUCUCGUUGCACCACGCAAGCCGUAGCCGCGCGCAGCAUCAUUGAAUUUCCUGGUGUCAUACUGCCCGCAUUCGAGCCAACACUCAAAGCGCUCCAAAGCAUGGCCAAUACGCUCGAUCUGCCAUUCGCCGAGAUUCUGCUCCCGACCCAGAACCAAAUCAGCUUACCACCGCCUGCGUACUCGCUCAGGAAUGGGUUUAAGUUCGACCUUCGCAGUCUCUUGUCCGACGAUGAGCGUGACGAUCUGCAGCAGAAUUCGGGCGGAGAGCGAGUGCCACAGGCACUUAUCGACAGAAGUAUACUUGACGAUGCGCAGCGGAAGGCGGUGAAGCAUGCACUUGAGAACUCAUUCACGCUCAUUCAGGGACCUCCUGGCACCGGAAAGUCGUUCACUGGAGUCAAACUCAUCCAAACACUUCUGGACAACAAGCGUGAGGCCAAGCUUGGCCCGAUCAUCUGUGUCUGCUACACUAACCAUGCGCUUGAUCAACUUCUCGAGCAUCUGGUCGACGCUGGUGUCAAACAACUCAUACGUAUUGGCUCGGGCUCAAAGAGCGAGAGGCUUGCUGCGGUCAACAUACGCAAUGUCGCCCGGAACUCCAGUCUCACAAAGGUUGAGGGCCACUCUUGGGGCAGAGCUAAGGAGUCAAUCAAGGAGAGUAGUCAGGUCAUUGGAUCCGCACUCUCGCGCUUGGACCGAAUGCUUAGUAGUGACGACGAGACAAUGUCCUUCCUCGCCAAGAAUUAUCCACAAAUUCAUACUGAAGUGAUGCAAUUCGACGUGGAGGAUGGUUGGACCAAGGUCACGCAUGACAGGUCACGAUCACCUUUGCAGCAGUGGCUCCAAGCCGGACCAAUUAAGCACCCAACAGGAGACCUGCCCCUCGCAGAUCUUCAGAAUGGUUUAAUACCACUCGCUCAGAUGAGUCCGAGAGAGCGACAGACUCUGCAUCGUUUCUGGCUUGACACCAUGACCAGCAGCAUUCAUCAGGACCUUAAGGUGCAUCUAACAGCUUUCAACGAGGACAACUCUACCAUAGUAUCGCUUCUUGGUAGUGUUGACUUGCGAAUUCUUGCUGAUGCAAGUGUCAUCGGCGUUACCACUACUGGCUUGGCUCGCAACCUCCAGCAUCUUCGCAAGCUCAACUCGAAAAUUCUCGUUGUUGAAGAAGCAGGCGAGGUGCUUGAAGCUCACCUACUCACAGCAAUGCUGCCUUCUCUCGAGCAUGCCAUAUUGAUCGGCGACCAUCAGCAAUUGCGGCCUAAGGUUCAAAACUAUGAGCUGUCAGUUGACAACCCACGAAGUCGGAUUGCUUUGGAUGUAUCUCUUUUCGAGAGACUAGUCCAUCCGCGCGUCCAAGGCGCUCAGCCAUUACCCUUCGUCACACUAGAGACGCAGAGACGAAUGCAUCCUUACAUUUCUCGCCUUGUUCACGACACCCUUUAUCCGAAUCUUCAAGACGCAGAUUCCGUCCAGCAAUAUCCCCACGUCCGUGGUGUACGCCCUCGGCUCUUCUGGCUCGACCACAAGAACAAAGAAGAUGCUCAAAACGAUAAUCUGCAUAGUACUUCCCACACGAAUCGUUGGGAAGUCGACAUGGUUGUCGCCCUGGUGAGCCAUCUUCAGAGGCAGGGAGUUUAUGCUUCAAACGACAUCGCUGUGCUCACUCCCUAUCUUGGACAGCUGAGGAAGCUGAGGCGGCAGCUUAGCAGCUCAGCAGAGAUCAUCCUGAAUGAACGUGACGCUGAAGACCUUGCACAUGAGGAGUCUGAAGAAGAAGAAGAAGAAGCACUGCCUGCUUCAGCAGAAGCCGCGAUGCGUCGACCGUCUGUGAGCAAAGGCAAGCUUCUGCAAGCUGUUCGGCUUGCUACGGUCGAUAAUUUCCAAGGUGAAGAGGCCAAGGUCGUCGUAAUCUCACUAGUGCGCAGCAACGAUCAAAUGAAGUGCGGAUUCCUGCGCACUUCGAACAGGAUCAAUGUUCUGCUAUCCCGCGCUCAGCAUGGCAUGUACAUCAUCGGCAACUCUGCAACGACGUCCAACGUGCCAAUGUGGCAAGGCGUCAUCAACAUCUUCAAGUCGGAGGCGAAUAUUGGCACCACAUUGGAGCUUGCUUGCCCACGUCAUCCAGAUACACCUCUGCAAAUUCAUGAGCCGGAGGACUUUGCUCGCGUCGCUCCCGAAGCAGGCUGUGAUCUUCUAUGCGGCAAGCAGCUACCUUGUGGCCACUCAUGUCCGCAAAAGUGCCACGCAGAGGCUUUACACAACAGCGUGUACUGUUUGAAAGACUGCAAUCGUCCAAAGACUGGGUGCAGUCACCCGUGCGAAUUGCCAUGCGGAGCCGAAUGCGCAUCGCGCUGCGAUGUCGUUGUUCAAUGCAACCUCACCCUUCCAUGCGGGCAUGUCGUAUCAGCUCUGCCUUGUUGGCAACUGCAAGACCAAUCCAAGAUCCGCUGCGAGGUGCAGGUGGAACGCAAGGUAUCCAAUUGCGGACAUGAGGUGGUGGUAGCCUGCCAUGUCUCGGUGGAUGGCCCUUCUUACAUGUGCACAGCGCAGUGCUCAGCGUCGUUAGAGUGCGGCCACUCGUGCCAGAAGCCUUGCCGUGACUGUCGACGCGACAUCAAAACCGGCGAAGUGAAGAACACCGAUCAUGGCCCGUGCCUGCAGAUCUGCGGUCGCGAUUUCAACACAUGCAGCCACUCCUGCAAGGAAUAUUGUCAUCCGGACGAAGACUGCCCUCCGUGCUCACAACCGUGCGUCACAAGCUGCAUUCAUUCCAAGUGCUCCAAGCUUUGUCACGAGCCUUGCAUGCCAUGCACAGAAGAAAAGUGCCCAUCGAGCUGCCCUCAUACUGCUUGUCAGAUGCCCUGCGGUGCGCCCUGCGACUGGGUGCCAUGCUCGCAACGCUGCCAGAAGACACUUUCUUGUGGACAUCUGUGCCCAUCAAUAUGUGGCGAGCCGUGCCCAGCAGCACGGUACUGCCAAGUAUGCGCUGAUGAAGAGAUUCUUGAUGUCCGUGUUGACAUCUACACGAUGGAGACGUAUGCUGAGGUCGAUCUGGAUCAGGCGCCUUGCCUCUUUCUUCCUUGCGGUCAUAUUUUCACGAUGGAAACCCUCGAUGGUCAAAUGGAAAUGUCGACUCACUACAACACGGAAUUAUCUGGUGAUUUCGAAGUACCCACUUCACUCAAAGGCGACAUUCUCCCGCUGUCUUACGAAAAGAUCAAGACUUGCCCCGAUUGCCGAGGCUCUUUACGGAGCGUGGCUAGGUAUGGCCGCAUUGUGCGCCGCUCAUUGCUUGAUGAAAGCACCAAGAAGUUCAUCAUCUGGUCCAAUCGCACCUACAUGCCCCUGGCCGACCAACUGAAAGAAUACCAGGGUGAUCUUUCAGAGACGGUCGAUGAGGCUCGGCUUUCUGGAGACAUCGUCCUGCAUGGAACCAAGGGUAUUGAACAUGCGUUGAGAGCAAAAACGGGGGCUCGUUACCAGCCACUCCUGAAGCUGCGUACGACCAUUGCGACAUUCAUACAGAAAGUGAGGAAGGAGGAGCAGCCGUUUCAGAAAGUCCGCGACCUGGUUGAGGCUGUGCGUCGCCGCAAUCAGUCCGAUCUACCUGCAUUUGAAUUCGACCAGAGCAUUUUGCAGACCAGAGGACAGUUGCUGGCGCAAGCACUGUUCAUUCGCUGCGAGCUCGUCUUGCUUACCGACCUUGUCACUGUUUGGGAGAAGCUGCCGCAGAAGCUGAAAGACACUGCUAAGCUUUGGCUGGUGCUUGACAAGAACCGUGAUGAUUGCAAUGCAUUAAUGAUAAGCGCAAUCAAGUCUGCUCACGUCUUGCAGCAAGCCGAGUGUCACAUCUUCUGGGCGCAUUUCGCGGCUUUGGAGAUUACUGUUCUGGCUCACUCUCACAGGUCUCAAAUGAUAGAAGCACUUCAGCGUGCGGGUAACAAGCACCUUGAUGAAGCAGAGGCGAUUUGCAACCAGUACGCUGGCCAAACAGCUCCCGUAUCUGGCGAAGUCUCGGCAAUUCGCAAGAUGCUGAAGACUUCUGUAUCAUCGGUCUCCGCAAACGAACUGCGCAUGGUCGUUGCUGCAAUGGCGACCGAAUUUUUAGGCACCGGACACUGGUACCGUUGCGCCAACGGACAUCUUUUCACCAUUGGCGAAUGCGGCAUGGCUAUGCAGCUUUCUCGAUGCCCUCAGUGCGGCGCAGCUGUGGGUGGGCAGCAUCAUCGGGCUGCUGAAGGUGUCACCCACGCUCGAGAUAUCGAAGAGCAGUUUGGUCAAUUGCGAAUCUGA